CCCGGCCCCGGCCUCCCCGGCCCCGGCCUCCCCGGCCUCGGCCUCCCCAGCCUCCCCGGCCCCAGCCUCCCCGGCCCCGGCCUCCCCAGCCUCCCCGGCCCCGGCCUCCCCGGCCUCCCCGGCCCCGGCCUCCCCGGCCUCCCCGGCCCCGGCCUCCCCGGCCUCCCCGGCCCCGGCCUCCCCGGCCUCCCCGGCCCCGGCCUCCCCGGCCUCCCCGGCCCCGGCCUCCCCGGCCUCCCCGGCCCCGGCCUCCCCGGCCUCCCCGGCCCCGGCCUCCCCGGCCUCCCCGGCCCCGGCCUCCCCGGCCUCCCCGGCCCCGGCCUCCCCGCGCCCGGCCCCGGCCUCCCCGGCCCCGGCCUCCCCAGCCUCCCCGGCCCCGGCCUCCGGCCCAUCCGGGCCGGCUCCGCUCCUCGGGUGCGCGGCAGGCGCAGGGUCGCGGCCCGGGACGCAGCGAUUGGUCGGGGCUCGAGCUCGGGGCCGCCCGCGCCGCCUCCUGCCUCCAGCUGCCACCUCCGUGCCCCCGCCUUCGGGAGGCGGGGCUCCGGCGGGUGGGAAGCGUCCGGGCGGGGCGGGGGGGCGCAGCGGCGCGCAGCCGCAGGCGCGCAGUGCGGCCGCCAGAGGGCGCGCCCGGGCCGCGCCGGCCCCGGAGCCCGGCGGCCCCGGCCGAGGCCCCGCCCGGCCGCCGCGCUGGCCCUGGCUGCAGCGCCCGGCCUCCGGGCCGGAAGCGCGCAGGGAAAACAGUUUGACCUGUGA